AAGUCUGUUUCGACAACAAACUUGCGAUGGUUCGAGUUGAGCACUUUUGGCAAGAAAACGGCAGGUUAAUUUAUGAUAUAAGUUCGCUUGAAAAUAUUACCGUCUCAAGCAACAUAGGUUCCUUUCGCAACAGGCUUAAGGAAGCUUUGCAUGAAAAGUACAUGGAACUUCUUCAUAAAUUCGAAGAUCGCUUUCCUAAAAUAAUAACUGGUACUCACUUCUUUUAUUGGAGUUUCAUAAGAAUCAAUAUUGCGAAGAACUAUCUGGAGAUCGGAGAUACAUUUAGUGGUAAAUCUGACGCUGAUAAAUGUAUAAGCUUAAGCGAACGAAAUCGUGUAUCCUUGUGUGAAUAGAAAUGAAACUUGUUUAACUGUAGAUUCACUCAUAAAAAAACUGACCAUCGAAGGUUCAUCGGACAUAAAGGUUUUUUCAUCCAGCGAGACAGUUCUUUUCAACAUGAUUGCUGGUGUUUUGCAAAUAUUGUUCAAUAUACUGGCUGUCAUUCACGUUGCAAAUAUCGCAAAUAAACAGUCUUCGCCAACUCACAAGGAUCCUCUGCAUUGGCUUUCUUGUGCUCAAAGGGUUUACAGGCUAUAUACACUGCAAAGUCCACCCAAUACUGGUCCAGAAUUUCUGGAUACAUUAUUACGUUUCAAGUCAAAUCGGUUAAAUGAAUUCCAAAAGUUUGGAGGGCUAAACAAACAGAAUCUAUCAGCUUGUCGUUUGAUGCUUGAACAUGAAUACACAAAGACCAUAUUUUUACUCGCACAAGUUCAUCAGUUAAUUGGGAAACGGGCUCAGUCGGCUGAUUAUUGUCAAUUAACUUUGUUACGUCAAUUGACAUUCGGCAAAUCUUUCAAAAAAGUUGUAAAUAAGUCUUCUCGUUUACAAAAUAAUAUAAUUCGUAUCAAAUCAGCUCAUUCACUUAGAGAUUUGGAAAAUAGAAAAUUUUCUGAACGACAUCCAUAUUAUCUUUUCCAGAGCUUUGAUCCUUUAGAAUGGGCUACAAAUGCUAUCGCUUUAAGCUACUAUUUCUCAUCAGUUGAAAAUCAAAAUAACUGCUAUUACAAGACGUUCGAAUGUUUAUUAUCAGCUGUUCAUGUUGUGAAAGAAGCUAGGUUUGAACGCAACAUUCCAUCCAGUGAUGUAGACAAUACUUUAGCAAACAUUUAUCGUAAUCUAGCAAAGAUCAGUCUUGAUCUACUUGAGAAAGGUACAAAACAAUAUGGAAACUUAGCUGAUGAAAGAAUAACCAGUGAAGAUGCAGAGUUUAAGAAAUAUCAGGAAUUACAAAACGUUACUAAGUUUGGAUCAAUGUUUAAUUUGGAGCUACAACCAAUAUUUACUGGAUUAUUAAACUAUAAUUUGAAUGUAAAAAAUCCAAUUUCAAAUGUGAUUCCACGAAAUAACGAUUUAAUUUACAAGUUAGUUAGACCACCUACAAAUUAUGAAACAGCUUCUGGAAUAUUUCGCAUUAUAUUAAAUUGUUUAAUGAAAGCUGAAAAUUUCUAUACACUACAAAAUCAUUGCACAGAUGCAAUUACUUUGAUUCAAGAUCGAAGUAAAGCUUAUCGCCUGAUGACUGUUUUCGAAAAGAACAUCAAUAGACAGUGUUGUAUGCAUAAACGACGAAUAGACAUGUUAAAUAAUGUAUUAGGACAACUAAAUCCUGAUCACUACUUACACGUAUGUCGCCAGCUAACAUUCGAACUAGCAGAAGCUUUGGGUACAUUACGUGAUUUGAAAAGGAAACUAUUGGAUGAGAUCCCACUAAAAGAAGGUCAAGUUUCAGCACACUAUGCGCGGAAAUCAGAUGAUCUUACAAAACGUGCAAUAUCUGUUUAUCGAAAUUUCUUAGAAUUAUAUGGAGUUACGUCUGGGACGACAAUAAAUUUCAGUGACGAUGAUAUAAAACCACUGAUCUGCUUUUUGCGGCUUCGUAAACGAAGAGUGCGAUUAUUGAUGAUUGUAGUUCGCUUGCAGAUUUUGGGGACCAUUUGACGGACAGACUACUUUGUAGCACAGAAAAUCGUAUGCAUAUGGGAGUUUUGGAAAGUUAUCUUCAUCAUCCGGAGUCUAGAAUCUCCAUCAUGAUUAUGAGAGAAUCAUUGUGAAUCAUUAUUGUUUUCCCAAGCUUCCGGGUGACAUGUCUUCAUACUGCUCGGCUCUAUUCUCAACUUAUUUCGACCUGUACUACAGAGAAAAUCCGAAAUUUAACAAAGGCUUUAGAAUUUUAUGUACAGCUGGUCGCUCUUGCAGAAAACCAUAUAAAACGUAAUGCCUUGACGCCGAUAAAGGAUUGUGAGGAAUUAAGAAUAGCUAAAGACAUGGUCGUCUUAUUACCAGUUAAACUCAGCCAACUAUCUCAAGGAGAAAUCUUAACUGAUUAGCCGAAACCAGGCAAAUAACUGUCCCUUAUUUAAUCUAUAUAAACUUUAAACUGACUUAUGUUUGUGUAACCGAUUAUGGAAUAAAUAUUACAGGAAUCAUGUUUAGAUACUCUAACAUUUGUCCUGUAACAUUUUUCUGUACCAUGCUUGCCUUCAUUCAGUUUAUUACCUAUAUUACUAAAAGAAGUCUGAAUAUCAUGG